AUGCCGGCAGAGGGUCCAAAUCCACGAGAGGUUACAUCAGAUGCGAGUGUAAGUCAGGAAGAAGAAAAUCUUGGCACAGAUCAGGGUGGUAGUGCCAAGCAGGAACGUGAAGUGAUGACACCUAAUAAUGAUAUCCAUUACACGAGCGUGGGGGUGCUCGCCAGAGGCGUUGCAGACCCGUCAUAUUCGCACGUUGUGUCAAGUGACGUUAGUUAUAAAUCCAGCACAGCGCUAUCAUAUCCAGAGGAAUCGCUAUCGCCAUCGUGUGCGAGUUUCAGCGAGGCUGUUGACGACUCACCAACGGAUGCUGAACAUCAAAUGGGAGCCUCCCCUUGUAACUCUAUUAUUGGUAGCAUCGACAUGGCUGCUGCCAUUAAUGUCCUACGGAGCAGGUUGGGUACCACACACAAAAAGGUAAUGUCGGUUGGGUCGCCACUCUACCGCCGGGAUGGGAAGGGCGGUUGCUCAUGCAAGAGUCCUAGAGCAUCGAGUCCAGGCUCCAUGACAUCGAGAACUUUUAAGGCGAGUAUUACACAUAAUCAGAAAGCAUCCGCGGCGAGCAGUAUAGCCGAUAACGGCAGCCCGUCGGCGAUGGCCUCUCAAACGCGAAGGCCCCUUAAGGGGUGUGAGCCGCGGAGCCCAUCGAGGAGGGAAGUUGUUAUGAUCAGGGAGGACUCCAACGUACGAUUCGGGGUGGAUAAUGAGAGGGAGUGCCAUGGGGACGAUGUUAAUGAGGACGUUCCUCGUUUGGUUUUAACGAGGGAGUCGCUUGAGUCGAUGUGCGGCAAAAGUAACAUCCGUGUCAGCAGCCCGCUGCCACCAAUAGAUGUGUCUGAACACGGAUCGCCACGAAAAUGCAUUAUGAUCCGCUCCACCGCCAGCCCUACAAAUGAGAAAGUUCACACACCCGUAAGCAAAGUACCUCCCUUCAAGGGCUCAUGGGCCUCAUCCCCCAAGGCUUCAAUGGAAAAGAAAGGUCCAAACACUUCUGUACUGUUGCCCACUCAAGCGGCUCCCAUCAGUAUUCCUUGUGUCGGCACUGGUUUGGGGAAUUGCCAGCUGCGGGGGAACGGUUUAUGGGGGAAUGAUACCAAUGCGGUACUGCUGGGCGAGCGGACCACAAACGUUGGAACUUUCGCGUCCUCCCCGUUGCCCCGAGCAUUACCGGAACCGCGCAAAGCGGUACCGUCACUAACAAAAGACCGCAAUGGAAAUGCAAGCCUUUAA